CUAGACAACAUGCCCUUGCGAAGUUCUGGCAAGUUGAGCAUGGAGACCAGAAAAGAAGAUGGCGAGAGCACGGUGCCUGCCCCUCCGCAGAAGAAGCUGUCCUGUCAGUGUCACCACCACUGUCCUGAGGACUCAGUCAACAGCACCUGCAGCACUGAUGGCUACUGCUUCACCAUAAUAGAAGAAGAUGAGUCCGGUGGACAUCUAGUCACCAAGGGAUGUCUUGGAUUAGAGGGCUCGGACUUCCAGUGUCGGGACACUCCUAUUCCACACCAAAGAAGAUCUAUUGAAUGUUGCACAGGCCAAGACUACUGUAACAAACACCUUCACCCUACUCUGCCACCACUGAAAAACCGAGAUUUUGCUGAAGGAAACAUUCACCAUAAGGCUCUGCUGAUCUCGGUUACUGUUUGCAGUAUACUUCUGGUGCUUAUCAUCAUAUUCUGCUACUUCAGAUACAAACGCCAAGAGACGAGGCCCCGCUACAGCAUCGGGCUGGAGCAGGAUGAGACCUACAUUCCCCCUGGAGAGUCCCUGAAGGAUUUGAUCGAGCAGUCCCAGAGCUCAGGGAGCGGCUCCGGGCUCCCUCUCCUGGUUCAAAGGACCAUCGCAAAACAGAUUCAGAUGGUAAAGCAGAUUGGAAAAGGUCGCUAUGGAGAAGUCUGGAUGGGAAAGUGGCGUGGCGAAAAGGUAGCCGUGAAAGUGUUUUUUACCACGGAGGAGGCCAGCUGGUUCAGAGAAACAGAAAUCUACCAGACUGUCCUGAUGAGGCAUGAAAAUAUUCUUGGAUUCAUUGCCGCAGACAUUAAAGGUACAGGAUCUUGGACCCAGCUGUAUCUCAUCACCGACUACCAUGAGAAUGGCUCACUUUAUGAUUAUCUAAAAUCUACUACCUUGGACACAAAAGCCAUGCUAAAACUGGCUUACUCCUCCGUCAGUGGCUUGUGCCACCUGCACACUGAGAUCUUCAGUACUCAGGGCAAACCCGCUAUUGCUCACCGUGACCUAAAAAGUAAGAAUAUCCUGGUGAAAAAGAACGGCACCUGCUGUAUAGCAGAUUUGGGCUUGGCGGUUAAAUUUAUCAGUGACACAAACGAGGUAGACAUACCUCCAAAUACCCGUGUAGGAACAAAACGCUAUAUGCCUCCUGAAGUGCUGGAUGAAAGCUUGAAUAGAAAUCACUUCCAGUCAUACAUCAUGGCUGAUAUGUACAGUUUUGGACUCAUCCUUUGGGAGAUAGCAAGGAGAUGUGUUUCAGGAGGAAUAGUUGAGGAAUACCAGCUUCCGUACCACGACCUUGUGCCCAGUGACCCCUCGUACGAGGACAUGCGGGAGAUUGUGUGCAUCAAGAGACUACGCCCUUCGUUUCCCAACAGAUGGAGCAGUGAUGAGUGCCUACGGCAGAUGGGGAAGCUGAUGAUGGAGUGCUGGGCUCACAACCCCGCCUCCCGGCUCACAGCCCUGCGGGUCAAGAAAACACUUGCCAAAAUGUCAGAGUCGCAGGACAUUAAACUCUGACUCGGCCAGAGGCUCCUGAAGGCCCAUGGAAAUGGACUUUCUCGUGCGGGCAGAAGUCCCAAAGAGUUGCCGAAAGUCUUCGCUAAUAAGUACCUUGAAUGCAGUCAUGCUUAAGAGCAGCUGUAAGUUUGUUUGACGGCUUUUGAGGAGACUAUCCUUUGCAAAAAUCAGCUGGAUUUCGACAUAUGUGAUUGGAAGAGGCUUGUCUGUCCUUGUUUACACGGGGAAAUACAGUUUUAGUAACUGGUUUAAGAUUAUGCAUGUUGCUUUCCGUGAAAGCCACUU